AAUACAUCAGGAAACCAAGAACCACCCGCAUUGUCAACUCCUCAAAAGACUGUCAACAAAUUUACCAUCUCCAGGAUGGAGAAAAACAGAAAUUGAGAGACCUAGAAUGUGCAUUAGAUCCUCCGCAGGAAGGAUGCCCCGCUAGGUGGGCAGACCCUGAGUUUCAGGAGUACCUGUUUGGCUACAACAUAUUCGAGGAGUGCGAAAAACAAUGGCUCAUGGCCACGACUUUGAAAGAGAAAUUGUGACCAGGUCAAAGCAGCUGAAGGAAAUUUUUAUCAAUGAAUUUCUUUCUUAUCUGUGGCUCACUGAUCAAAAAAUAAUGCAAUCUUAAAAAGGUAUAUAUUCAUUAUUGUGAAAUCUUGGCGAAACUAGCUUAUGACAAAAACAGUGCUAUUUCACGCCGUCAUUAAUUGUGACAUUCAAAACCAGCGUCAGUUAGAUCGUGGAGACUAUGGGGAUAUUGCCUGUAUAUUUUUCACUAAACACGGUCUUAAUCGCCCAACAAAGAAGUACCACGCGGUUUACGGUGAUCUUCCUUCCACUUCUGAAUUAGAUAAAUUUGCGUCAGUACACUUGACGGGAGCCAAUCAGUGUCCUUAUGGAGACGAGCCUUGGGUGCUUGAAGUGGUUGCUCUAGUGAAAAAUAUCGUGGAGGAGUACCCUUCAAUAAAAUUAACCGGUGCAUGUUUUGGCCACCAGAUCAUCUGUAGAGCUACGGGUGGAGUGGUGACCCCAAAUCCCAAUGGUAUUGAAGGUGGCAUAUGCGAAAUUGAAAUCUCCGAUGACUUUCCGCGUACUAUUUUGGAUUUACCUCCUCCAAGGAAGCUCCAUAUUGUGGAAGCACAUAAGAACUGGGUGCAAUCAGCACCACCUGAUGUUAUUGUUUUGGGUUCUUCCAGUAAAACCCACAAUCAAGGAGUCUACCGCAAGGGUCGUUUUCUUACAAUUCAAGGCCAUCCCGAAUACGGAACAGACAUCAGCGAUUUCAUUGUACAGUCCUGGAUAAAGAAAGACUGCUCUCAAGCAUACUACGCUGACUGUAUGAGUCGGAACAAAAGUCUGCCCAACGAUGGUGGUGUUCUUGGAAGAGCAAUGGUUAGGUUCCUUACUGAUGACAGUUUAUAG